AUGGAGACCAAAUGGAAGAGAUCUAUGAAAGAUGACAAAGCUUCCUGUCCACAAAAGAUGGCACAAGCAAAUAAAAGAGUAAGAGUUCACAAGAAGAUGCCAAUUCCUCCACUACCUAUUCACUUGUCACCAGUUAACCUAAUUCACCAAGAUGCCAUGAUUUGGUGCCAGCUAUUAAAGCUAAGCACCAAAAGCAUGAAAUUGGAAACAUAUAACAGGCUGCAUGAACAUGCUUACCCUAAUCAAAAGGAUAUUCCUAUCGCACCAGAGGAGGCAAGGAUACUGACAGUAAAACAAAGGAAAUUAAAGAUGAAAAAGGGGGAAAUGACUCUGGACAGUUUGGUUCCUGAAGUGACUGGUCCCCUGGAGGGAGGGCCUAUUCCUGAAGGGGACGCUACUGCUCUCCUUGAGGAAAUAGACAAUAUUUUCGUGACAACAUCCGUGCCAGAUGCUGUUUUUGCCUCCUGGAGCAGAACUUCAGCCAUGACUGGGAAGACUGGGGAUACGGAGACCUUGGUGUCACCGCAGGAGGCCUAUGGUUACAAGUGGUCUGUGGUCCAUGGGCAAAGUCUCCCUGCAGCCACAGGGGGUUGGGUUCAGCUACAGUUUUGUGCGGGGCAGGCCUGGAUUCCUGAGAAACAGGGGCAAGUGUAUGCACUCUUCUUGCUACCUGCCUGCAACUUUCCACCCUCAUACCUGGAGAACAAUAUGUUGUGCCCCAAAUGCAUUCAUAGGCAUAAGUUAUUAGUGAGAAGCCUCCAGUGA